GCUGAGGACUUUGGGAUUGUGAGCCACAAAGACAGAAAUGUUGCUGGAGCUGUGUUAAGCAGCAGUCUUUCAGAUCACCAGUGCUAUGAGGAGCAGAGAAAAUGUCACCCAACAUUUGGAUGCUUUGCUUUUUGUGUUUUGGAGAUCUGUCUGUGACUUUCUGCUUGUGUCCUUCCCAAUGCAUCUGCACUUUCCAGAGUUACAGUGGUGAACUCAUGACAAGGGCUGUGCUUUGUAAUGAUCCUGAAAUGACCCUGAUUCCAAACAAUGUUCCAGCUGAAACAGUGAAACUAGUAAUUGAGAAAACAUUAAUUAAACAAAUUUCCACCCAAGCUUUCUCUUCUAUCUCCAGUCUGGAGUGCCUUCGGCUGUCCAGUAACUCCAUCAGCAGCUUCGACAGAACAAGUCUGCAGGGUGUGAUUGGUCUGAGGGAACUUCAUCUCGAUAGAAAUGCACUUGCAACUUUUCCAUGGGAAACCCUUUCUUACUUGCCACAACUCUGGCUCCUUGACUUACAUGGCAACGUUCUUCAAUCAUUCCCCAGCCAAGCAGCCACUUAUUUCAGAAAUAUUACCUACUUGGAUUUAUCAGGAAACAGGCUGACUACCCUGUCUUCCAAAGUGAUUUCAACAUGGCUGACUCCUCCAAAGGUGCCCUGCGCAUCUUCAUCAACUAACAGUUCAAAACUUAUCGUAGGACUACAUGACAACCCCUGGGAAUGUGACUGCAGAUUGUCAGAACUGGUUCAUUUGGUCCAGACGAAUAAUUCUACUACAGCUUUGAUGGACCCUGGAUUAAUGUGCUCAUGGCCAGAAAAUCUCUCUGGAUCUCUAAUCAGCAGCAUCAAGCUAAAAAAGUGCCAAAGUCCAACAAUUCAAGCUGCGGAAAGUAAAAUAACCACAGUCAUAGGAAGAAUUGUCUCUCUAUAUUGUGUUGCUACAGGGGUUCCCAUCCCUGAAAUUAGCUGGAGUAGACUAGAUAAUAUCCUGUUGAAUGGAACAGUGAUGCAGGACAAUUCUCAUGAGAGAUUAAAGUGGUCUACACUCCAUCUAUCAACUGCAUCCCAUCAGGAUUCUGGAAUAUAUUUGUGCAGAGCUAAUAAUCUGGUGGGUACAUCAAAUGCUUCGAUUUCUCUUCUCGUGGUGAACUCUACCAUUGCACUGGCACCAAUCAGAACCACAUCCAAAAGAAUGUGCCUCAUAAAAAUGAGGAAACUAAUGGCCAGGUAUGUGAGUGCAUUGAGCACCACAAUAUCACCAAGGGAGUUACGAAGGAGCUCUCAUAUUAUAAAUGGGACUGAUUACUUUCUCACGUGUAACCACUGGAUUAAACCAAAUGAAGAAGCACCAGAAAUUGUUUCACAGAGCAUGGAUCCUCCACAAGUCAGUGGCUUACGGGAAAGGCGAAGAAGUGUUGAUGAUUCUGACAAUAUUACAUCCAUUCCUUCUUCAACACAGCCAGAAGCAGACUGUCUGGUCAGAACUGUAAGAGUUUUAGGGGGCACCUAUCAUAGUGUUUCCCUGGCUUGGAGAUCUCUAAAGGCUACAAACAUCACAAUUUUUAGCAUUCUUUAUACCACUUUUGGAGAAAGGAAAAUGCAAAGAAUAAAUGUAGGGCCUGGAAAGACCAAAAUCACCAUUGAUGGCUUAAUGCCACAGACCAAGUAUAUUGUUUGUAUUUGUCUCAAAGGUCUCAUUCCCAAGAAGGAGCAGUGUGUGAUUUUCUCCACAGAUGAGGUAGCAAAUGCGAGUGGGACUCAGAAACUUAUUAACCUGGUGGUGAUCACUGUGGCCUGCGUUAUUGUGGUCCCUCUUACUCUCAUUGUCUGCUGUGGAGCCCUGAAGAGGCGCUGCAGAAAGUUUCUGAUUAAGCCGCCAGAAGACAGUUUCCAAAAUGACUCGUGCGUCACAUUUGAAAGCCUGUCAACAGGACCCAAGCCCAGCAGCACUGAAGGGGAGUAUCGGACUCGCCACGAUAAAGAUGAGUCUAACAGACUUCUGUCACCAAGAUCUAGUUUAGACUCUGAAGAAGCAACAAACAGUGAAGUACAACAGCAUGAGUAUUUCUGCUGAUCUACCCAUAUCCACUUGGACCAAUCAAACUUGUUCAUCUAAAUGGCCAUACCUUUAAAAAAGAAGCUAACUUCUUACCACUUCUCCUAACAAAUAAGCCAAUCAAAUCUAAGCACCAUACUCCAGAAUUCCAAUCUGGACAAUGCAACGGCAGAAAGUUUAAGGCAACAAUAAACCAUGAUCUGUGUGCUCUUUGUGAAGGCAAUACAGUUUAGAAGAAAUUUUAGGAAUGGUGCAUCAGUUAGUAUUAUGGCCUCUUUCACCAGGGUUUGUAGAAAAGUGCAACUAUAAAUCUCAUACUCAACACUGCAUUUUUUGAUUGCAAAUUUAAGAUCAACAGAAUAUCACCUUCAAGAAAUCAAAGACUUUCCAUUUUGGAGAGUCAGUGUCAAUAUCACACAUUUCUAGUCAAAUACUGUAUAACACAGCCCGAAGCUGAAUGAAUCUCCUUCCAGUCGACUCCAACACUGUGCCUCAACCUCACCUGUACCAUAGGAUCUUUCUCCAUAUCCCAAACCAACCAUCCUUGGACCUGCUUGCGUAACAUUUCUAGAUAACUAUAUGUUAAAUUGAUCCAGAUCAUAUUAUGAACAUUACACUCAACAAAGGGUGGUAUAACCCAACCCAUUUGAACUUGUUAGUGAAAGUCCAAUCUCUAGGCUCCUGCUUCCCUGCCCAUAUUAACCCCUACACUCAUUCAUUGCUUAAUUCAUUUGAACAUCCUCCUACAUUCUGUAAGAAAUAAGUUCCAUUCAAUACAUCUUCCAAACAAUAGAUAUAAGCUUUUCUUUAUCCUGUUUCUAUAUCACAUUAUGAUGUUGUUUCAGUGUUCUUGUCUGCAUGCCUUGGCUAAGAAAAGCUUUAUGUAGCAGAAUAGAUAGCAAGAGUUUUAACAUUACCAUUGUACUUCUGUUGCAUGACAGUUGUGUGUUUCGUUUAUGUUGUUAUGUAACAAUUCGGUAUGUGGAUGAUUUUCAAAAAUGCUUACUGCUUUCUUUUGUACAGUUCUGUUGUAUUGAUGAAAGAAAUUAUUUUGAAAGUGCAUUUUAUAAUUGGAUCAGAACAUUUGAACAUUUGCUGUUCAGCUAACCCACACAUAUCAUCUGUACAAUAAAUGUUAGAAUCCCA